AUGGUGGUGUUAGUUGACCUCGACGAGGCUCCCUCUACCCCCUCCCUCCUCGAGCCUCCUCCUCACCCCGGGGAACACCGGCGUGGCGGCACGCUUCAGGAGAUCAACCUUGAAAAAGAAGAAGAAGACGAUGCGCGACCGAACCCAAACAUAAAUGGCUUCUCAGCCGCGCUGAGCUGCUAUCCAAUUGUCUCGCAGCUCGCAAGUCAGAUCGACCUGAACACCCUCCACGAUCUCUCCCGUACCUGUCGCCAGUUCAGGGCCAAUCUGCUGCAGUACCGACGGCAGUUGGUCACGCAGACGCUUCGCUGCGCGAAUGAAGACCAGCCCGUCAAUGCGUCUCUCGCCGAUCGCUUUCGCGAAUCGCAUAGUGCCUGGGUAGGCCAGAGUCUGGGGUCGUACAGCCACCGUAUCACGAGCGGGAAGAUCGGACAAUGUGCGCGAGACAUGGUCGGAGACUGUCGACGCUGCGGCAAGAUCGUCUGCAGGAACUGCACCAUCAAGCCUCCUCCCACAAACGCCAUGCACGGUCGUCACCGCCGCCUCUGUACACCAUGCACCAAAGCCCCUCUCGCCCUACACUUCCAGAACAGACUACCAGCCCUUCCCAGCCCGCACGGCACGCCCUCGCAACGCAGCACUCCGUCCCCCGAGCCCCUCCCGGCCCUCACACCGGUGUCCUCAAACGUCGAAACACCACCAGCCUUCACGGUAGAAGCAUUCGCGCGCACGCCAUGCUCCUGCGCCGACGCCCUCUGGCUCUGUCAGCCCUGUGGUCUCAGCCUGCGCUCAGACGACACGACAUACUAUCGCGGCUGGACCUGGCGCACGCGCUACAGCGAGUAUCUCGGGGGACUCGGCACGGGCGUUGGCGAAGGCGACCAGGGCGUCGCAUGUGGGCGCGAGUCAACAUGCCUCGCCGCGCGAACGCUGGAAAAGGAGCGCGACGCGUCCGACGCCGAGCUGGCCGCGCAACUCGCACAAAACGUUCAGGUUGAGCGAGACGGAACAGGCCGUUCGUGGCGAGGCGGCAGCUGGACUGUGCAGGAGAUUGAGAAUGUCGGAGGCGGGAUGCGGAUGAAGACGAAGACUAUGGAGCGAAUUGGGGCGGUGGUCAAGGAAUUUGAGGAUGAGCGGGAUGGGCAGAGAGCCCCGCUUGCGAGAGAGAAGGCUGGCGAGCGGAGGAGUUGGUGCUCGUGGUGUAGGCGGGUGAUUCCGGGACAGAAAGAUCUGUAG